UUUUUGAAAGUUAUUAACAACACGAUUCACUUUCAGCUAAGAAACUAGCAACUUUUUUUGAAUCGCUCAGUUUGACACAAGCUAUCCAGUUUAGGUUGAAAUAUUACCUCAUGGUAUGAAUGAACAAACGAACUAAAACAGUUUGCGAUUCAAUUUCGAACUUGAUUUGACGUCUACCUAAAUUCGAUCGCUCUAAUAACGUCGUGGUAUGAAAUAACAAGGCAGUUCAUUUUAGAUCGUCAGUUGAAUCACAAUAAGAGUUCAUGGUAGGCCCGCUGGAUUGAAUAAACUCACUGAAAGAAUUUGCUGCUUGCAUUGCUUCUUGACAAGAAAAUAUUUUAAUGUGUCAUGAGAAAUAUGUUAACUGUAAAAAAGUGUCCAAAUCAGGGAGAGCAUACUAGUCGGUUGGAGUCAGGUCUAGCAAGUACGGGAGAUGUCGUUUGAUUUCUUGAUGCAGGUUCUGUAUAGUUAAAGCGAUUUCUCAAGCAAUGUCCUGCGUUAAUAGGAGCUAUUAUGUUGCUAGUUGUAUUGAAGCACAGUUAAUUUAAAAUCCAAAAGAAAAAAACUAUGGUCAGUCAAACUAUCCAAUGUUAUACAUUUUUAACGGACUUCCAAAAAGGAGGAGGUUCUCAAUUCGUCGGUAUGUUUUUUUUGUGUUUGUUACCUAAGAACUUUCUACUGGCUGAACUGAUUUUAAUAAUUUUUUUUUUAUUUGAAACACCAGGUUUCCCGCGUGGUCCUAUUGCAAUUGCAAUUCCAAAUAUAUCAAUAAUCGUAACUAGAAUUAGAUUGCAUAAAAUAUGCAAUUAUUUUUAUACUUUUCAGUGUAAAUUAUAUCUAUUGUUUUGGAAAAGUGUUUUUGAAGUCGGUUGUUUUUUGUUUUUUUUUUUAUUUAAAUCUAAAUUGCUCUACCUUUUUUUGUAUAAGAGGGGGCAAACGGGCAAGAGGUUGAUGGGACGUGGUGAGGCAGCCACCCAUGGACAUCCGCAAAACCAGGGGUCAAAAGAUGCGAUGCCGGCCUUUAAGUAUGCUCUUUUCUAGAAUGUCACUAAGUCGCAUCGGUUCGGGAAAACAACAGCCGGUAUUUGAUUCCACAUGUUCUAGCUGUCAUGUGAAUGAGUUUGUAUUAAAAAUGAUUGCAACAAGAAAAUUUAAUUUGAAUACAAGAUACCAAAGCACCACAACAGCAAUUUCAUAAUUAAACUCUAAUUAUUAUUAUGUGCCAUAUGCUAUAAGUUGCAGUCUUAUGAUGCAAUCUUGACGUGAAUAGAAGAUAGUACAGUCUCAUGGUAACCCCUAGCCACCACUUUGAUUCAUAAGAUUCGUGUUCCUUAUUCGUGUUCUUGUUAUUACAAAAUUUCCUUACUAAAUAAACCUGUUAAUAUGGUUGUUUGAUAAAGUAUUGUUAAAAGAACGAUGAAUACUAUAAUUGUUUCACACGCUGUGAAUUUCAGUAUGCUACGCUCAACUGGAAUGAAGAGACUCAAGGUUUAAUUUUGAGUGGUUUUUACUACGGUUACGGUAUUACACAAUUUCUAGGAGGUUAUUUGGCGGAAAAGUAUAAAGGAAAAUGGAUUCUUGGGAUUGGAUUAUUGAGUACAGCCAUGUUUACAUUUAUUACUCCUGUCGUGAUAAGAAUAGGAGGUUCUACUUGGCUUUUUAUUUUGCGGGUGCUACAAGGAAUGGGUGAGGGACCCACAGUACCUGGAAUGAUGAUUAUGAUGUCAAGAUGGACCCCACCCCACCAACGAGCGAUUCAAAGUGCAUUAAUAUUUGGCGGAGCAUUACUUGGAAAUGUAUUUGGUGCAUUUAUUUCCGGUGUCAUCAUGUCUGGUGGAAGAGACUGGGCCUAUGUGUUCUACUUUUUCGGAGUAUUUGGCGUCAUUUGGUUCAUAUUAUGGACAUUCCUUUGCUACAGUGAACCGAACGAUCAUCCAUUUAUAACUAAAGAAGAAUUGGAAUAUCUCAGCAAAACUGUGACAAGAGCUGAAAUCACAUCAAAAAAAGAUCCAGUGCCGUGGAAGGCGAUAUUUCGCUCGCCUGCAGCGUGGGCUCUCAUAUGUGCAGGGAUUGGUCAUGACUGGGGAUUCUACACAAUGGUUACAGAUUUGCCAAAAUAUAUGCACGAUGUCCUCAAAUUUGACAUAGCGACAACUGGUUCACUUUCAUCAUUACCUUUUAUUGCAAAAUGGGUCGCAGGUUUUAUUUUUGGCUUCUCGUGUGACUAUGGCAUCAAGAAAAAAUGGUACAGCGUCAGAAACGGAAGAAUAUUGUACACUACAAUUGGAUCGACUUUCCCCGCAAUUUUGUUAGUAUGUGCUUCCUAUGCCGGGUGUAACAGAAACGCUGCAACAACAUAUUUUAUACUGGCCAUGGGAUGUAUGGGUGGAUACAACAGCGGAAUGAAGGUGAACACGCUGGAUGUGGCACCAAAUUACGCGGGUUCAGUUACAGCCAUUAUAAACACCGUGACAACAUUUGCUGGAAUCAUUUCACCACACUUAAUAGGCCUACUGACGCCUGACUCAACGCUGAUUCAAUGGAGAACUGCAUUUUGGGUAACAUUUGUGGUAAUGGUUGGAUCGAACAUUGGCUACGCUAUCCUGGCAGAUGGUAAACAGCAGUGGUGGGAUGAUGUUAGACAAUUUGGAUACCCACCCAGUUGGAAACACGGCCCGAUUAUAAAAGAUGACGUACCACACAAAUCACUCACCGUGGUGCUUAUAAGUGAUAAUGAAGAAACGAUAAAAGUAGAAGCAGAUAAGAAUGAAACACCAGUCACUAAGUAAUUUUUAUAAUAAUGAAUAGGUAAUGUGUAGAUAUUUUAAAAUAAAUUAGUUGAAAAGA